AAUCUAAAACAGAAGCAUCAGGAGCAAGAGAAAAGAAGAGGCUUCAAAUAAAAAGCUAUGUUUCCGUUGCUUCUGUUAUCAGGUAUCACCUUCACCUUUAGUAUCCCUCAGUAUGUUUUUGUGAAUGAAUCCAAGACUUGGGCAGAAGCUCAGAGAUACUGUAGAGAUAAAUACACUGAUCUGGCCUCAAUUGAGAAUGAACAACAGACGGUCCAGUUAUUGGAUACAGUGAAUGAUGGUUCCAUUGAUUUGGCCUGGAUUGGACUCUAUGAUGAUCUGAACAGUUGGAAAUGGACUCUAGAGGACAAUGAUUUCUUCAAGGAAGGAGGGAAAGAUUUCAGGAACUGGUAUGACCAAGGACCAAACUAUUAUGGAGGACAAAGUGUGUGUGUGUAUAUGCAGAUGGGGAUAUGGCAAGCAACAAGCUGCUCCAAUGCAUUGUAUCCAACUGUCUGCUAUGAUGGAAGAAAAAACGCCAGUGAUACUUAUAUUUUUAUUUACCAAUCCAAAACCUGGACUGAGGCUCAGAGUUACUGCAGAGAACAUCACACAGACCUCGUCAGUAUCAGGAAUGAAACUGAAAAUCAGAAGAUUCAGUAUUUAUUUCGGAAUUAUUAUAAUUAUAAUAUUUGGAUCGGACUGUACAAAACCAGAUCUUGGUCAGAUCAGAGCAACUCUUCAUUCAGUAACUGGACGACUGGACAGCCAGAUACUCCAGGAUCCUGCACUGUAGUCUCAUUCAGUGACUCUGGGAAAUGGUCAGAUGAAAACUGCAAUUAUGUAUUUCCUUUCUUUUGCUACACUGUGUCAUCUUUGACAUCUUCACGCCAGUAUCACUUUGUGAAUGAGUCUAAGACCUGGACUGAAGCUCAGAGACACUGCAGAGAGAAUUACACUGAUCUGGCCACCAUUGAUAACAUGGAGGAAAUGAACAGUCUGAUAAACACAGUUAAUGGGAGUUACAAUGGCUCAGCCUGGAUUGGACAGUAUGAUGAUGUGAACAGCUGGAGAUGGUCAUUAGAAAACAAUGAUUUUUAUCAGGAAGGAGAGAGAGAUUUCAGGAACUGGUAUCAUGAACCAGACAACUUAGGGGGGAACGAGCUGUGUGUUUAUAUCCAAAAUACUGGGAAAUGGUAUGAUAUAGCAUGUGACACCAUUCUGCCAUUCGUUUGCUUUGAUGGUAGAGUGAAUUCCGAAGAGAGUUACGUUCUAAUCUAUGACUGGAAAAUCUGGUCAGAGGCUCGUAGAUACUGCAGAGAUCAUUACACAGAUCUUGCCAAUGUGAGAAAUCAGACUGAGAACCAGAGGAUCCUUGAGACAGCAGGUGGAAAUCGAGUCUGGAUCGGCCUGUACAGAAACAGGGUUUGGUCAAACGGUCAGAUUACUGAAUAUGAAGACUGGAGACCAACAAUUCCAAAUUCUCCACAGCAACCAGAUAAUGGUCAAUAUGGUUAUUACCAUAUCUCUCAGCAAUGUACUGCAGUAUCAUUCAGCCAUUUAGGCCGAUGGACUGAUGAGAACUGCUUAUCAGGCAUGCCAUUCAUCUGCUUCAACAGAACCUGCACACAUUCUUCAUGCACCCAUCAGUAUCACUUUGUAAAUGAUUCAAAGACCUGGACUGAAGCUCAGAGACACUGCAGAGAGAAUUACACUGAUCUGGCCACCAUUGAUAACAUGGAGGAAAUGAACAGGCUCAUUAAAACAGCACGUCGGACUUACUAUGGCAAAGCUUGGAUUGGUCUCUAUGAUGAUUUGAACAGCUGGGAAUGGUCUAUGGACAAUACAACAUUAUUGGGAGGAUUUAAAAGCUGGUAUGUCCAGCAACCAGUGAACUCAGGUGGACAGAGUCUGUGUGUGUUCAUGUCAUCUAAUUGGAGAAUAUGGCGUGAAAUCUCUUGUUACAAUACACUUCCAUUUGUUUGCUAUGAUGGAAGAGUGAAUGCAAGUACAAGUUACGUGUAUGUUUCCCAGUUCAAAAACUGGACUGAAGCUCAGAGUUACUGCAGAGAACAUCACACAGACCUCGUCAGUAUCAGGAAUGAGACUGAAAACCUCAAACUUCAGUCUUUAUUGUUUUAUUAUUCUUCUUUUUGGAUUGGAUUGUACAGAACCAGAUCUUGGUCAGAUCAGAGCAACUCUUCAUUCAGUAACUGGGCGAUAUGGCAGCCAGAUAAUGCUGGAAACCGUGAAUACUGCACUGCAGUGUCAUUUAGUGAGUCUGGGAGCUGGACAGAUGAAAACUGCAAUAAUGUAUUACCUUUCAUUUGCUACAGUGCAUUAGCAUCAUCCCGGGAGUAUCACUUUGUGAAUGAGUCUAAGACCUGGGCUGAAGCUCAGAGACACUGCAGAGAGAAUUACACUGAUCUGGCCACCAUUGAUAACAUGGAGGAAAUGAACAGUCUGAUAAACACAGUUAAUAGGAGUUACAAUGGCUCAGCCUGGAUUGGACUGUAUGAUGAUGUGAACAGCUGGAGAUGGUCAUUGGAAAACAAUGAUUUCUACCAGGAAGGAGAGAGAGAUUUCAGGAACUGGUAUCAUGAACCCAACAAUGAAAAUGGGAAUGAACAGUGUAUUUAUAUGGAUUAUAAUGGAAACUGGUUUGAUUCAUCAUGUGAAAUUAUUUACACAUUCGUUUGCUACAAUGGUAUGGGUAAUGCCUCUCAGAAGUAUAUCUGGGUAAAUGAGGUAAGGACUUGGACUGGAGCUCAGAGCUACUGCAGAGAGAAAUACACAGACCUGGCCAGUGUGAGAAAUGAGACAGAGCGUCAACAGAUACUGAAUGUUACACAUUCUUAUUCUGGUUAUGUGUGGAUUGGUCUGCAUAGAAAAAGAGUGUGGUCAGAUCAGAGCAGCUCUUCCUUCACAUACUGGCUGCCAUAUACUGAAGGUGUUGCUGCACAACCAGAUAAUGGUGCAAAUAUCCCAGGACUGAGGGGAGCUCAACACUGCACAGCUGCGUCUCUAAAAUACUCUGGUCUGUGGACGGAUGAAAGCUGCUCUGCCAGUUUGCCUUUCUUCUGUUACAGUGAUGUAUAUGUGAUGGGACUGAGAGUUGAACUUACAAGUGCGGAAAAUCUGUCAGAGUCUCAGAUCGAAGAGUUUGUGAUUAUACAGCUCCAGGAAGAAUUUAUCAGACGAGGACUUCCCAGCAACUUCACAAUGCAUUUGAGAAACUAUCUGAAAAUCAAACCAUGAGAGAUCCAUGAACAGAAUUUGUGCACACACAAACAUGGUUUUAGGGUUUGUGUUUCUGCAUUUUGCAUAAUCUUUGUCCUAUUGACAAUAGAAAUUUUGAAUGUCACAUGAUUUUUUUUUCUUUUUUAACAAAUAUAAGAUGAAGGGGGUUUUGAUUAAAACAAAACUAAGUUGCUUGUACUCAUAUCAGAACUUUUCUAUAACCGAACUAAUCAAACUAUUUGUGUCAUUAUGUGUUGCACUGGCAAUGAUUUGUUAAUUUGCCCCGAGACACUGGCUUCAGCAUCCGUGUGGCCCUGUACGGAACAAUCAAUUUGGGGAAUAGAUGGUUGGAUGAUUUGUUAAUCUGUCUGAUAAAAUUUAUAGUAAUUUAUUAGUCAUCAACCAAACAUUAUAAUGAUAUUUUUCGGUCCGCGGCUGGCUGUUCCAGUUAUGCCGUCCCACUGCAAAGUCACAUUUCUUUUUUGAUGGUCAAGGCCCAUGCAAACGCUCCACUCAUGUACCUUCUCAUUCAAAAGCAAAGUCCACUCAAACAACGUGGCAACAUGAAAUUUCUAUGUAGAAAUAUGCUUGUCUCUGUUUGCAAGUGCCCUAUAGGUGUGGUAUAGCCGUCCUGUACCCUUUUGUUCAAUGAUCCACCCCUUACUAUGCUCAGCUCACAUGCCCUGAUAAUACCCAUAGCUUUAGCUUUAUAUAUUACUCUGCAUUGUUUUAAUAAUUGGUCAAAAAAAAUCUGUUAAAUCUGAUUAUGUUGUAUAAAAUUUUAAUUAUAUAUUGAUAUUUAAUAUGAAUGAAGCUUAUUUUCUGUCCAAUUUUAUUGUGGUACUUUCAUUAAAAGUGUGAUCACUUUAUUUUAUUGGAAAAUUAUUUUUUCCUGAAUUUCCUAAAGUCUAAUAUUAAUGCAAAUACAAAAAAGUACAUUUUUUAAAAGCAUUUUCGGUUUGGGGUUGGCCAAGCAUUUUCAUUUCUGUGCAUGAGUGCAUCCCUAAUAAAUGUGUUUCUAUUGUAGUUUAU